AGGUACUUUCUAUUGUACAUCAAAGAAAGGAAUAAAAAAAGGUACGUUGUGUUGUGGGGAUUUACUGAAACACACAUUGCAUCUUUCCCUUGUUUUGAAGUUUCGGUUUAUUAUUCAUUCUAUUCUAUUCAAUCCAAACUAUAACUCUCUCUCUUUCUCGAUCGAUCAACAUAACUAGGGUUUCUUCUAUUCAUUUCAAUAUCUCUGCCGCAACCGCUACUGUAUUUUGCAUGCUUAUCUUUCAUACCCUUACUCAGGGCUUCAAAAUUUCAACUUAUCAGACAGAACAUGUUUUGGACUAAAUUUGGGGAUCAGGAAUGUUUUUCUUCUUCAAUACGUUUUCUUAGUUAUAUAUUACACACCAUUUCAUUGCCUACAUAUGAAUUUUGGUGAACAAUCGCACAUUAACUUGGUUUUGUUUUCCACGAUCAAGCGAGUUAGAUAGAAUUACAUAGUCGAGGAAUGGAUGACGACAUAGAUUUUGAGUUGUUCCUCCAUACAUGGAAUACAAAAAAUCCAACCGAUCGGAUUUUCAUUAUAUCUUGUUUCGUUGCUGCCCUGGUUGGAAUUUUGACUAUAGCCUAUACGGCUUUUCAAUGGAGGAGAAACAUUAAUCUAAGUUGGAUGAAAGCUAUAGCCAGAUCUAAGAAAAACCCUAAGGCAAAACACAAAGUUCCUGUGGCCCCUCAUACUUGGGGUUUAGAAUCGGUAUCUCGUGCAAAGAAUUCAAAUUGCUGUGUAUGCUUUAAGUCCAUGUCACCCUCUCAAACUCUUGGACCUAUAGUAGCUUCAGAUAGUUUUAUCCACCGGUGUUGUAUUUGUGGUGCAGUAUCUCAUCUAAGUUGUUCUUCUAGUGCACACAAGGACUGUAAGUGUGUUUCUAUGAUUGGAUUUGAGCAUGUCGUGCACCAGUGGGCUGUUCGUUGGACAGACGUAGCUGACCAGCCUGAUGAAACUACUUUCUGUAGUUACUGUGAAGAGCCGUGUGGUGGGACCUUCCUUAGCGGUUCCCCUAUAUGGUAUUGCUUGUGGUGCCAACGUUUGGUACACGUUGAUUGUCAUGGUCCAAUGUCUAAUGAAACAGGUGAUAUAUGUGAUUUGGGCCCUUUUAAAAGAUUAAUACUGUCUCCUCUGCAUGUGAAGGAAUUGAACAGGAACUUGUCCGGUGGUUUUCUUAGCUCAAUUACCCAUGGUGCAAAUGAGAUAGCAUCUUCAGUUCGGGCAAGUAUUAGGAGCCAGAGCAAAAAGUACAAGCAUGGAAAUGAAAUACCGGCUGAAUCUGGGAAUAGUGAGAGCACUGGUGACAUAUCCACAGAAAGCACUGCAGAUUCUCAUCAAAUAGCUAAUGGACAUAAUGUAAUGGAGGAAAAAAAUAGUGUUGGCUCAAAUAAAGAGUUGCAGCGUCAAGAUAGUGAAGUAGAAAGGUAUGCCCCCAGUCUCACACGCAAUUCAUCAUCUUUAAGUCAAAAGGAAGAGUCCCAGGUGUUAGGAGUGAGACAGAAUUAUGAGUUGACUGGUAUGCCCCCAGAUGCAAGGCCAGUGUUAGUUUUUAUAAAUAAGAAGAGUGGUGCCCAGCGUGGAGACUCACUUAGGCUGCGCAUGAACAUUCUUUUAAAUCCUGUUCAGGUGUUUGAGUUGAGCUCAUCACAGGGACCAGAGAUGGGACUUUAUUUGUUCAGAAAGGUGCCUCACUUCAGAGUUCUUGUAUGCGGCGGAGAUGGUACUGUUGGAUGGGUUCUGAAUGCAAUAGAAAAACAAAAUUUUGAUUCCCCUCCCCCAGUUGCUAUUCUUCCCGCUGGUACUGGAAAUGAUCUCGCUAGAGUUCUCUCUUGGGGAGGUGGCUUGGGCCCAGUGGAGAGGCAAGGGGGUCUUACCACAAUUCUGCAUCAUAUAGAACAUGCCGCGGUUACUAUUCUUGACCGGUGGAAGGUAACAAUCAGUAACCCACAAGGAAAGCAACAACUCCAACCACCAAAGUUUAUGAACAAUUAUCUUGGAAUUGGUUGUGAUGCAAAGGUUGCUUUGGACAUCCAUAAUCUGCGGGAGGAAAAUCCAGAGAAGUUUUAUAACCAGUUUAUGAAUAAAGUUCUAUACGCAAGAGAAGGUGCCAAAAGCAUAAUGGAUAGGACAUUUGAAGAUUUCCCUUGGCAGAUUCGCGUUGAGGUGGAUGGAGUUGAAAUUGAGGUCCCUGAGGAUGCUGAAGGGGUGCUUGUUGCAAAUAUUGGAAGCUACAUGGGAGGUGUAGAUUUGUGGCAAAAUGAGGAUGAAAAUUAUGAUAAUUUUGAUCCACAAUCUAUGCAUGACAAGAUACUUGAAGUUGUGAGCAUAUCUGGAACAUGGCACCUUGGGAAGCUUCAGGUUGGGCUUUCUCGAGCUCGAAGACUUGCGCAAGGACAGUCAAUUAAGAUACAAUUGUUUGCUAAGUUUCCUGUUCAAAUUGAUGGAGAACCUUGGUUUCAGGAACCCUGUACAGUUUCCAUAGCUCAUCAUGGCCAGGCCUUCAUGUUGAAGAGGGCAGCUGAGGAACCUCUUGGUCAUGCAGCUGCAAUGAUCACUGAUGUGCUUGAGAACGCUGAAACCAAUAAUCUAAUUAAUGCUUCCCAAAAGCGAGCUCUUCUUCAUGAAAUGGCGCUCAGACUGUCCUAGAAAAUUUUCCCUUUACACCCUGUGAUCACAGGUUUUGUAGUAGUUAUUUUGAGUAUGUUUUACACACCAAGUGUAUUUUCCUUUUCAAAAGUUGUGUCUAAACUGCCUGCUGCUCCUGAAGCAGGCUUGUAUAUUAUGAAUAUCAAUACUACACAUCAAUAGAAAGAAUGAAAAUGUAUAGCUUCUCAGUUUUUUUUAAAGGAGCUUCUAAGUUUGAUUAGUGUUGAAAUACAUAUAGCAUAUGCAAUAUUUGUAACUGUUACUCGACCUAUGCAGUAUCUGGAAUAUCCAUUGUUUUCUGGAAUCCCUUGUGAAAGAGGAUUAUGAUUUUACA